GGCGAGCGUGCGUGCGCCGCAGCGUCGGGGCGCCGCGAAGGCUCCGCGCGGCAGGGUGGCGUUGGCGCCGGAGGCCGCCUGGUUACCGCCCUGGUUACCGGUAGACGGCCAGUGCCGCCUUGACCUCCCCCCGGAUGGAGUGGAGCCCUGGCCGUUAGCGGGAGGGGCAGCAGCGGUGAGGCCGGCGCGACCCCAGGACCCUCGCCGCUGCCAUUGUUGGGGACACCAAGCCGGUGUCGGGGUGAGUUUUGUAUUUUGCAUAUAAGUCCCAAAGUGACAGAAGUAGCAUGGAGAAGACCUGAAACAAGAAAUCACAUCUCUCACACCUAGGCCAGUUAUUUUUUUCCCCCUCCAUGUUUUAUAAUUCAAGGAUUUCAGCGGAGGCGAGUGUGCCUAGGUCUCUACAGCACAGUUCAGCACAAGGAAGAAAGGUCCUGUGUCUUACAGUAUGCCUGGAUAUCAGACUGGACACUCACCUGAGCCUGGAACUUGUGUCUGCUUAAAACACAGAAUGGCAUUUAAUGAUUGCUUUAGUUUGAGCUAUCCUGGCAAUCCUCAGCCAGGGGAUUUGAUUGAAGUGUUUCGUCCUGGUUAUCAGCAUUGGGCACUGUACUUGGGUGAUGGGUAUGUUAUCAACAUAGCACCUCUAGAGGAUGGCAUUUCCGCAUCGUUUACAAGUGCCAAGUCUGUAUUCAGCAGAAAGGCCCUGGUGAAGAUGCAGCUUUUGAAGGAUGUUGUUGGAAAAGACACAUACAGAAUAAAUAAUAAAUAUGAUGAUACAUACCCCCCUCUCCCUGUUGAAGAAGUUAUCCAACGAUCAGAGUUUGUUAUUGGGCAAGAGGUGGAAUAUGACAUACUUGUCAACAACUGUGAGCAUUUUGUGACUUUGCUUCGAUACGGAGAAGGAGUUUCAGAGCAGAGCCUUAGCCGAGAACUUAAGAUGGUAAAGAAAGAGUUUUCCUCUCCUCGAAUAGUCAACUUUAGGGUUCACUCUGUGUUGCACAUUCUGUGCGUUUUGACAAAUAGAUAAUGACAUGUAUCCGUCAUUACAAUAUCAUACAAUAUCAUACAGCCCUGAAAAUCUCUGUUCUCUGCCUAUCAUUCAUUCCUCCCUCUGCAUAAACCUCUGAUAAUCACUUAUUUUUUUUUUACUGCCCUGUGUUUUAUCUUUCCCGGAAUGUCAUAUAGUUGAAAUCAUACAAAGCAAAAUGCACUUAAAAUUCUUCCAUGUCUUUUCAUUAGAUGGUUUGAUUGCUCAUUUCUGUUUAUCACUGAAUAAUAUUCCAUUUUCUGGAUGCACUACAGUUUAUUUAUCCACUAACCUACUGAAGGAUAUCUUGAUUGCUUCCAAGUUGUGGUGAUUAUGAAUAAAGUUGCUAGAAACAUUUGUGUGCAGCUUUUUUGUG